CAACAAGCCUAUUUCAAAGGCUACUGACUACUCUACAAUUAAUUACAAUCAACAUCAACCAACAAAUCAAUUUUUUGGGUCGUGUCGUGUUAUCGUGUAGUCUUCUUGUGAUAACAGAAACAGACACAUUUUGUCGUUAAAAGGAGUGAAGAGUUUUCUAAAAAAAUCUUAAUUUGAUAUACACUUCCGAAAUCUCGGUGAUCUGAUUUUUCCUUUAGAUUUUAUUAAUUUAAAUAACCUAUCAAUAUGAUUAGCGGUCGUGCGUUACACUUCGUAUUUAAAGUUGCUGAUAGAACACUUACAGCUAAAUUCUACAGAGAUGUUUUGGGAAUGCAGGUUCUUCGGCAUGAGGAGUUUAGUGAAGGCUGUGAGGCAGCUUGUAAUGGGCCAUAUGCCAAUAGAUGGAGCAAGACUAUGAUUGGUUACGGUCCAGAGGAUACUCAUUUCGUCGUAGAGCUCACAUACAACUAUGGCAUCACACACUACGAGCAAGGAAACGAUUUCCGUGGUCUAACUAUCCAGUCUGCUGAAAGCUUAAAGAGAGCUGCUGCCAACAAUUGGCCAGUGAAAGAAAACAAUGGUGUAAAGUACGUGGAGGCUCCUGGCGGGUACAAAUUCUUUAUCAUUGACAAGCCACAGCCCGUAGAUAAAGAUCCAGUUGUAAAGGUGUCUCUGGCAAGCUCAAAUCUACAAAAAUCUAUUGAGUACUGGAAUGGUCUGCUGACGCUGAAAAUAUUCGAGAAGAAAGACAAAUCUGUGUUGCUUGGUUUCAGUGACGACCAAGCCAAAUUAGAAGUUGUUGAAAUUGGUGAACCAGUGAAUCGCGCAAAGGCGUACGGGCGCAUAGCUUUCUCUUGCCCGUUCGACCAGCAGCCGAUAAUCGAGAAAAAGGUUCAGGAGGCCAACGGAGCAAUUCUUACGCCGCUCAUAUCGUUAGACACGCCGGGAAAAGCGACCGUCCGAGUUAUUAUUCUUGCCGACCCGGACGGACACGAGAUAUGCUUCGUCGACGACGAAAGCUUCAGGCAGCUGUCCCAAGUCGACCCGCAGAGCGACGCCGACCUUGACAAGUUCAUUAAAUCGGACAAAUCCAGGGCUUAAAGAUUUUUUUGCAUGUUUAAAUGAGUGAUUUUUUCAUAAGUUGAUUUGUCUUCUUUUUGUAAUUUCGAUUUUAUAUUCUCGUUUGGAUGGAGUAGUAACGGUUUUAGUUACGAUUUAAUCUAUUAGUACUGUGCCACCAAUAACACUCGUGAAAGCGUACAUCCAUAUCCCUAAACACCCCGGGAUAGGCGACCGUGCUGACCCGGACGUAUACGAGAUAUUCUUCGUCGAAGACGAAAGCUUCGGGCAGCGGUCAGAAAUAAAAAAAAAAAUCGUAGGCAAUAGUGAUAACCAUAGCAAUCUCGUUAUUCGAUUGGCCUCUAGAUCUCCAUAGAGUGAGACGAUUUGUACUUAAGGGGUAUGAAUCGAGCGAGCUAUGUUGGUGGUCAAAGAAUAUAAGAGAAAACCCAUUUUUUACUGACUUUAUAAAGGCUUUGUACGACAAAAUCAGCUGAGGAAAAAAUCAAGCAACUUAAUUAAUUACAACAUUUGAAUUGUCAAAAACAUAUUAUUAAGUAUACAGUUGUUAAAAAUGUGAUAUAACUUUAAUAUUGGUGUUUGUGAAACCCUAGCAUUCCGUUAGGAUUAUCGUAUAAGUAUUGUUUGUUACUUCGAAAUUAUUUAUUACGGCAAUGUACAAUAACUAUUUACAUUUACGUCGAAUUCUAAAAUAUAUUAUUAUUUUACACCAACGAUAUUAAAUACCCUAGAUAUACCACGUGCGCUCAAAAUGUGUCCCAAUUAAGAAGUGCUUGAACACCAUUCAAGCACUUCUUUGUUCACAGUCACGCGCGGCCCGUUGAAAAGUCAAGAUGCCGCAGAGCUCUGUGCAAAAAAUGCGACAAAAAAUACUUAUACUACGUAAAGUGCCGUUUUUCGACAGGUUUCUAAUCAAUCUUUGUUAAAUUAACGCAUUUGAAGCAAAUUUUGUUCUAAUACUUACUAUAAACUGAUUUAAUAAAAAAUAAUAAAAAAAUCCUCGCGCGGUUUAUACUCUUCCGCAUAGAGCAAUAUGUCGUUAAAUUUUACGAGCUCGCAUUUCGAACCGUCAUUUGACGCAUGCGUUUUAUUUACGACCUUAUACAGUAUUCAUUAAAGGUGACUUUCAAUGUUUAAAUAAUGCCUUAUAUUGUUAAUCACUACACGAUUAUGACACAGAUGUCCGUGGAUCGUCUAAUGAUUUUGGCCACGAUUUUGUUCGUGUUGUUGUAUCUAGGGUAUUCUAUAUUGUUGCUUUACACAGUAA